AAAAUGUCAGUGCGUCUUAUGGAGCGAAUAUGGAGCGGCCGGUCCGGUAUUUCCACUGCCGCCGUGUCAGAAUACCGGGCCGGCCGCUCAGCUCUACAGCGGGACCUUAUAGAGAUGACUGCUGACCUUUGGGGAGGGAGGGGGAGCGGGUACCUGAAUUUGACAGGUACCCGCUCCCACUUCCGUGGAGUUGUUCUUUCAUCUUACCCGUCAGCAGUCACUAGUGUACUAUCCACAGUAUCUGGUCAUCCCUGUGCUGUCCGCAGUCUCUGGUCAUCUCCUGUACUGUGUCAGCAGUCUCUGGUCAUCCCU